AUGACGUUGCGUUUAAUCAGCAUAUUAUCAAUGGCAUUACUCAUUGUUUUGCCGGCACAACUGGACGCAUUCAUAACACAAAAUGCAGGCUGUCAUCACAAUGGCACUUGGUUUGCGGAUAAAUCUCUGGUGCCCACAAUGGAGAAGUGUCUGAAUUGCCAGUGCAAUAAGAAGACAUUGGUUUGCCGCUUGAAGGUGUGCCCAGAAAUGCCGAUGCCACCGCCGCGUGGUUGCGUGGUGGUGCAGAAGCGAAACACCUGCUGCCCCUACCUAUCCUGUGCCCGACUCGAUGCCUUCUACAAAAUCCCCACCAAGCGACGCAUUAUCGCCUAUUUGGACCACUAUGAGCGGGAAUCUAUCGAUCGUGUCGUUAACGAUAACAUGCUGCAACGACGCUCCGACGAUUCGGAAGUCGACCUAUUUGUAUGCGUGAAGAACGGCACGGUUUACAAGUCCGGAUCGGCCAUGUCCUCUUCUAAUUUAUGCACUUACUGCUAUUGCAUUGGUGGCACUGAGAAGUGCGUCAAGCCCAAGUGCAUGCUGCCAGUGGAGGGCUGUAAGCCCAUUUUUGUCGACUCCACUUGCUGUCCAGUGCGGUACGACUGCAGCACCAAAACAUCGGGCAAGUCCUCGCAAGAGGUGCGUUAUCGCAAGAACUCGAACAAACAUUUUCAGCGCAUGUCGCAGCGCUUGCAACGAAAUCGCGGCUGUACUGUCGGGGCUCAGUUCUAUGCUGAGGGCCAGAAGAUGAAGUCGGAUGUAGACAGACCCUGCGACAUAUGCUUCUGCAUACGCGGCACGCGUCGCUGUGCUCCUAAGAAGUGUGCGCCGGCGCUGAAGAAUUGCAUACCAGUUGUGCCGAAGGGCCAGUGCUGUCCCUCGAGCUAUGAUUGUGGCAGUCAGCGGGACUACAGACGUUCCCAGAACUCGAGGCAAUUCAAUUUGUACAAUUUAUUGUUCGGCAAGAACGAGAAAGAGGGCGCCAGCACAGGCACUAACGGCAUGGCCGAGCAUUAUCCGCAGGACAGACAUCCUACGGAGGCGUCUGUGGGCGAUGCUCCGCAGGCCAGUAGCGAGAAGAGCAUUUUGGAUACUCUGCGAGAGGGUCUGGAGUUCAUCGAUGGCAACAACAAUCAGAUGUUGGCAGACAAUCUGGAUCUGCUGGCACUACAGGGCACACCCACCCCGAGCACGGAGAUGCCAGCGACCGCUGGUAGCAGCAGUAAUGUUAGAAGGGAAGAAGCCAGCAGCACAACAGCGCUGAGUUUCCUGGACUUGCUGCUGGGUCCGAGCACAGAAAGUGUGAAUAGCGUUGAACAAACAACCACCACAUCCCAGAAACCACUCUCCUGGAUGGAUAUAUUACUGGGACCCGACGAAGAUGAUCAGCAAGCAGCGUCAUUGGAAGCCUCAGACUCCAGCACAGAGUCAGCAACAACGCCAGCAAACAGCAUCAAACGCAUCGCCGAUGACUUCGAUGAGCAGCUGGCGAGCGGAGAAAUUGCCGUCGGCGAGCUGCCGGCCGAGGCACAACAAAUAGUGUUGACCAACUCGUAUGGCACAGGUUUCCAGAAGCCGAAGAAUGCGACGCUGCCGCCGCAACCCAUAAACCCAAAGCAGCCAGCCAGCUUAAUAAACGCCUUCCUUGAAGGCUUCUCCGAUAUGCUCAAUGAGCCCAGCAAUGGCACCACCACUACAACAACAACUAGCACAACAACAACAACCACAACAACAUCGAAGCCACCUCUAACGCGUCCGCCACCCAUGUUUAGACCACUGCCUUCCACCAAGCCGCAUGUACGCAUCAACUCCAAGCUGGCCAAUUUGACAGUAACACCACCUAUGGUCACGACAAGGUAUGGCCAGCCUGUUACCUACAAGCCGCUGCCCACUAAAAAUCACAAGCAGAGCACCACCAGCACUGCCCGACCGACAACAACAACCACCACCACCACCUCAACCACAUUGAAGCCAAAACCGAAGACCACAAGGCGAACCACAACUCCACCGCUGCUCAUAAAAACCAAUCCCAGCAUCUUGGAAUCCGAGCCCUUGGACACACAAACGCCCACUCUGCCACCCAGCUUGCCAAAUUUAAAGAUCAUACCCUUCCUACCCACCGAUGCUGUGAACACAUCGCCGAAGCACACCGAACAGAACUACAACUACUAUCAGAGCAAGCCCCUGCAUGCCUCAGCCUCAGAUAAAAUCGAUGCGAUCUAUGAUGACACGCUCUACGAGGAGGCAGCUCUAUAUCCGGCCCUAACAUCGGCCCAACCCAUUCAGCAACAACAGCCAACUCACGAUCAGGCUGCCUACAAAUACAAGUUCAAAAUCGAGGGUCCAGAUGCUCCGCCCGAGCCAGUGAUUAGCUUGGGUGGCAAAUAUGAGGGCAGUGCUGCGUUCGUCAAAUACGAUUUCGAUGAGAAAAUGCCAAUACGCAACGGCUUUUCACCGCCCAAGCAAACCGAAGGUGGUUUCAUGCCGAAAGAACCACUAGUUAUCGAUGGUGAAGUCCUGCAGGAUCACGUCACACAGAAUGUGCUCCACAACCUGGCCGAAAGGUAUCAAGUGACGCCGCACAUUAUUGACAUAACGACGCCGGAUGAGGGAAAUAACACAACUGUCGUGGAAAUCACCACACCGGACCCCUUUAAGGAUGUCAUACACACCGAAACGCCGCCAAAUCUUCACACCUUAAUUGAGGAUAAAGAGCACAAUAAAUCGAUUGAACGUAUCGAGAGCAGCACCAGCAGAAAUCACAACCUAACAGCCUUCGAUAAGAGCGAAAUCAGCAAAUUGGACAAGCUUUUGGAUGAGUUGCUGGGCGUGGAGAGCAGCACGGUGCCGGCUUUCAAAACGUUGCCCGAAAAAAAGAAGCAGCAACAGCAAUCGGGCGAACUAUCCGCAACAAUAGCAACAACCACGACAACGACAACGACAACUUCCAGUACAGUGCAUCCAUUUUUAAUGUCACCGUUCGACAAAUUGCCCUUCAUGGACACCAGCUAUGAGGUGAAACCGCAUAUGUUGCAACCACAGCAACAACAACAACAACAGCAGCAGCAAUUGCAGCUAGCUGAACAAGAACAGCAACCACAGCAAUUUAUUCACUAUCAACAUGCCCAUUUGGGACACACAGGGGCUGCUGCUGCUGCUUCUGGUGCUUCUGGUCCCUCUGGUGGUGGUGGUGGUGGGGGUGGGGGUGUUGGGGACGCAUUGAAUAAUUUAAUCGAUCCUACUGGCAUGCUCAAAUUAGCGGGCUGCAAUAUAUACGGACGCAUGUAUCGCGUGGGUCGCAUUAUAGUCGAAUUAUCCAGCCAAUGUCUGGAAUGCAAAUGCACUGAGGUGGGCGUCAAAUGCGGCCCAUUAGACUGUUAA